AUGGCGUUCAGUACCGAGCGUGAACCCCACCAAUGCACGUACUGCGGAAAAUUGGGGCACACGGCGGAGCGGUGCUGGACCAAGCAGAAGGACGAAAAUCAAGGUGGAGCUCGACGCGGCGGCAACAAUGCUCGUGGACGCGGAGCCAACAACGUUCAGUGGCGAACCAACAGCAACUACGAUGACAACUACGAUCGAGUUGCGUUCGCGGUUUCGCUGGAGGCUGGACUUUCGACGGGCAAGAAUAUGCCAGGGAUGUGGGCAGUCGACAGCGGUGCGACGCAUCACAUCUGCAACGACAAGGCCAAGUUUGCAAGCCUGAAUGAGCGAGAGGAAGGCGAGCUAUCAGUGGCUGAUGGCAGCAAGGCUGCGAUCAAGGGUGUGGGAACCAUCAUGGAACGGGUGGUUCUGCCCAAUGGUGACGAACUCGACAUCGAGAUCAAGGACGCACUGUUCGUACCAAGUAUGAGCAAGAAUCUGCUUUCGGUGCCACAGAUCAACAAGGGUGGCAGGUUCCAAGUCGUGUUCGAUGGAUCCAAGAUGCAAGUGAAGCGCAAGAAUUCCACACAAGUCGUGGCAACAGCGGAUCUCGUCGAUGGACUUUACUGGCUGCGGACUCCUCAACGAUCGGCAAAUGCAGCAACACGCAAUGGGACCAUCGACUUGCAUGCGCGCAUGGGUCAUGCACCCCUCGAAGUUCUGCGCAAGAUGGUGGCCACUGGCAUGAUCAAGGACGCCAAGGCACCUCUCAACUCGACUGGUCCAAGUGUGUGUCGCGGUUGCCAGCAAGGAAAGAUGGUUCAAAAACCAUUCCCAACCAACCGUGACAAACGCCAAUAUGGUGUGUUCGAGUUGCUGCACUUCGACAUCUGCGGGCCAAUGGAACAAGUUUCGAUCGGCGGCAGCAGAUACUUACUGCUUGUGGUUGACGAAGCCAGCGGUUGCAUGAAGGGCUUCUGUCUGCGGUCCGAGUCUGAGAGUGAAGACUUUAUCAAGAACCACAUUAUCAAGAUUCAAACUCAGUUCGGCACGAAGAUCAAGUUUGUUCGGCACGAUGGAGCGCAUGAGUUUGCGACCAACUCCAUCAAGACCUUCUACGAAGAUCAUGGUAUUGAACAACAGAUCACGGUGCCGUAUGCACACCAGACCAACGGCACCGCAGAACGCGCGAUGAGGACCAUCGUCACGAUCGGACGCAGCUUGUUGCAUCAUGCAAAGCUGGAGAAGUGUUUCUGGGCUGAAGCGGCAAUGACGGCGAUCUACAUCAAGAACCGCCUGCCUUCACCCAAGAUCGACCACAAGACUCCGUUCGAGAUCGUGUACAAGUCGAAACCAAGUGUCAAGCACAUGCGCGUGUUUGGAUGUCGGGCGUUUAUCCUGACACCAAGGGAGAAGAUUGAAGUGGGACCCGAAGGCUUGUGA